CUUCAAAGCCUAAAUAGCACACAAGUGCAGAGCUACAACGAACAAGUGCGGAAAUAUUGACUUUAUUAUUCGCAAGUCAUUGACCACAUAAGGCAUAAAAACUAAUAUAAUGGAUCACCACUGGGAAUCGACAAAUAUCGAAGCGGAUUUGCCACCAUUCGCCGUGCAAGCCGGCCAUGAUUCAGAUGGUGCCCCGAUCUACGUUGGUCGCGCAUACCACAAGGGUGAUGUGGUGGUUGCAAAAAUUGUACCCAACAAGCAUCAAGCAUACGUCGCUUGGGGCGGUGAAGAGGUGAACAAACAUGAUUUUGAAGUAUUGGUUGGCCAUCACUAUCAUUGGGUCCCCGAUGCCAAUGGCUCAGUGCCGCCAGGCGCUGUCAGCUGUGGCCUAACAAGCCUUGGUGAACCAUUGUAUGUUGGUCGUGGAUUUCACGCCGACAGUGUGACACCCGGUAAGGUCCAUCCAUCGCAGGGGUGUUUGUAUAUUGGAUUUGGAGGUGAAGAAGUGUCCCUGAGCAACUAUGAGGUGUUGGUGCGCCAUUAAACGGCUUUGGCGAUAAUGACUCUUCGAAUUAACAAUUUCAAACAGCAAAUGCAAUGAAUAAAUACUUUUUUCUAUAAUAUUAUUA